AUGGCGGUGUAUGUUGUGGCAAUGAAAAUUAAGAAAGAAGCAGAGACCAAACCCAAACGUGUUUUGAAGAGUACAGAGGAGGAUGAGGAUGAUUUUGGUACAGUAGACGAGCUGCCACCUGACAGUUUGAUAACACUUGUACAGCCAGAGUUGCCUUCACUUAGCCGUCUCUGGUUAGCUGCACUGAAAGAUUAUGCUCUUUUAACCCUACCAGCUGAAUUUGCUACUCAGCUUCCACCAGAUGGAGGAGCAUUUUACACUCCUGAAACAAUUGAUACAGCUAGACUGCAUUAUCGAAACUCUUGGGCUCCUAUACUUCAUGCAGUGGCACUUUGGCUAAACAGUACAGGUUUUAGUGCUUCUGAGUCAACAGAAGAGACUGCUGCAGCAAUGCCUAAUUCACAGAAACGUGCCACAUCUAUUAUGUUAAACCAGACACCUGGGACUCCACCUACCACUAAAUCUUUGCCAGAGUUGAACAAAGAUCGAAUGCACUUAAUUUUGGGUGUUAGCAUACAGUUUCUCUGUUCCCCAAGACCUGAAGAGCCUGUUGAACAUGUUACAUCUUGUUUACAAGCACUUCACACUUUAUUGGAUUCCCCUUGUGCCAGGAUCCAUAUUGCAGAGGAUCAGCUCCUUGGUGUUGAACUCCUGAAUGUGCUUCACCGACUUCUCCUGACUUGGGAUCCUACUUCAGUCCAACUAUUGGUUACAGGAGUUGUCCAGCAGAUAGUAAGAGCAGCUCAGGAUUAUUUGCAGGAAAAAAGGAACUCCCUAAACGAAGAUGAUAUUGGAGAAAAAGAAAAUCCUCUCUCUUUAGGAGAGGGAGGUGAGAGUGGUGGUCUUGUACCUGGAAAAUCUCUAGUAUUUGCAGCCAUGGAAUUGCUUAUGUUUAUCCUGGUACGACACAUGCCUCAUCUAAGUUCCAAAGUGUCAGAUUCUCCAAGCCACAUUGCUGCCAAAUCCCACCUUUCUGAGGAGAGUGCUCGUCUUGUGGCUGCCACUGUCACUAUACUGUCUGACCUACCUUCUCUCUGUUCUCCAGCAGGUUGUAUGACAGUCCUGCCUACUAUCCUAUUUCUGAUUACUAGAGUAUUGAAAGAAACAGCUGUAAAAUCAGCAGACAAUCAGGUCCCACCUCCAGUCAGUGCAGCACUUCAAGGGAUAAAAACUAUUGUUACUCUUCCAACAGUCAAGACUGAUGAAACUCAAAACCAGUGGGCAAGUCUUAUUCGCAGUACUUUGGCAUCUAUCCUGGAAUACUCACAACCUGAAGCCACUAAGCCUGUUCUCGAUGAAGUAAGCGUACUUACAGCUAUUGCUCUCUUUCUUUGGUCAGCAAGCACUGAAAUAAUUGGAGUACAGUCUUUACAGAAUGGAUGCAUAAACAGAUUUAAAAAUGCAUUAAAUUCCAGUGAUCCUUGGGUUCAAGCCAAGUGUUACCAGCUUCUACUUUCUGUGUUCCAACAUACCAAUCGCGCUCUGUCGACUCCAUACAUUCAUUCAUUGGCCCCUAUAAUGGUUGAGAAGUUGAAAGCUGUGGAAAGGAACCGCCCAACAAACAACCUGGAGCUGUUAGCAGUCCAGGAAGGAAUUAAAGUCCUUGAAACAUUGGUUGCCCUUGGUGAAGAGCAGAAUAGAGUCCAGUUGCUUGCGCUUCUUGUUCCCACUCUGAUCUCCUAUUUAUUGAAUGAAAAUGCCUUUGCUUCUGCAUCUCCAGCAUCUAAAGAUCUUCACGAGUUUGCCCUUCAGAAUUUGAUGCACAUUGGACCACUUUACCCGCAUGCUUUCAAGACCGUAAUGGGAGCUGCGCCUGAAUUAAAAACACGCCUAGAAACUGCAGUCCGAGCUAGUCAGGCCAGCAAGGCAAAAGCAGCUGCUAGGCAACCACCACCCACAGUACAUUCCACCCCAACAAUUAAAUUGAAAACUAGCUUUUUUUGAAUUACUUCUAUUAUUUUUGGACUGUUAAAUUGUCUGAAGCACUACAUUAUCCCUGAUAUGUUACUGCAAAUAAGUCUGUAAUUUUGUGUAAUUUGUAUCUUAAAGGCUGUCUAAUAGAGCUUUGUGUAAUUAUUUGAAAUCUGUGCAUUACAAGGGAAGUGGCGUUACUUGUAUUUGUAUAGCUUUUUGAGAAAUUGAGUGUGAUCAUAUUUAUGAAUUUGCAAUAUAAAUUAUCCACAAAAAAAAAUCCACCCUGUUCUCUAUCUCAUGAAAUCCUUUUAUUUUUUAAAAGAACCCUUAACCUUUCUGAAUGGUGUUUGAAAUCUGGUGGCUGUUAUUGUACCACUGUGCUGACACAGUGGGGAUGCAAGGAAGAGUGGAAACUGUUAGGCGGUACUUACUGUGUACAUGGGGAAUGUCAAGAGUAGAAAUAUGCACUCUUUCCUUUUAAAACAAACUAGGGAAGAGGACUGCCUGACACUGUAGAACUUUUCUGCUUGCAUGGAAGUGAGAGAAGGAGGGAAAAAAAACUUCCAGUCUUUCUGAAGGUUAACAGUCAAGCAUGCUAUGUAAUGAGUCGUCUUUUCUUUAUGUGGUGUAUCUUUCUUUUGGGUCCAUUUUAAUGCUUGAAUAAAGCACUACAAGAGUCUAAUGCCCUAUUUCCUCUAAGAUAACAACAUAAAAAACAAAACAAAAACAAAACAGUGCAUUAGAAAUUUAUUUGAUAAAGAGGACUGCCUGCUGUCUGCAUUUGUGUUGCUGUGGAACUUGGCCCUUGCAAGGUGCAGUGUUAGCAGUCUCUGUAUUCUGCCAAACACUGGUUAAAAAUGAUGGCUAUGUGUACUGCAUGUUGUUCAGAUUCUAAGAUAUUUACUUCUUCCUGCAAGAUUUUAAUAUCAUUGGAGAUGUAGUCCUUGAUAAAGUUUGCAGAACCAAAUGACUUUGCACCUGUGCUGACUGUAAGGGAGCAGAACACAAAAGUGAGCAAGGCCCUCCAAUUUUACCUUCUCCUACCUGGCUUUUUUUUUUUUUUAAAUAUGCAUGGCCUCCCCUCACAUUUGAGUGGGUCUGAUUUGUUGUUUUUGGAUCUGAAAGAUAGCUCAAGUGCUUAACUAACUGUACAGAACAAGAGCUCAACUCCCAGUGGUCAUGUCUGCCUUCUGCCAUAUCUCCCCCUUCUGUUAGCAGAGGUACAGAAUCAUGUAUUUUCUUGUAUACACAAGACUGACUCACAUGAAGAUUUUGACACUGCUAUUGAAUUUACAGAGUUCCAUAGGGAUCUUUCUAUGCAUAUUGCUUUAUAGAGAAAAGUUUUGUAACUGGAAGACUGGGCUUGGACUACUGGGUUUCAUGUCUGAUAUUUUUCUGGAUAUAACAGGGCUCUGUAGAAACUCUGUAUUGUAGGAGCUUCUACUUGAAGCCAAAUAUAACAAAGGAUAGUAAAUAGAAAUGAGCAUGGUUAAUAGUUGAUUGAAAUAUUUGUAGGUUGUUAUUUUUGUGUAGUCACUUGCCUCUCAUCUGCCAUAACAGCUUAUGUAACCUUUUGGGUACCUAUGCAAAGUGAAAGAUAAUGCUCUCUUGCCCUGAUGUAUUGGAUGUGGGUAAAACAUAUAAUAUAAAUCUGAAAGCUUUUUACUUCAGUGAUUGUUUUAGUACCAAAGUGAGAACAAGAAGUUUGCACCAAGGCAAGAGAAGCAAACUAAUAUUUCAAAUGUCUUUUUCAUAAGCAUGUAAAGAUUAACUUUCAAGUAUUUUCCAAAGUAUUUUCCAUUUCCUACUGCAGAUAGAGAUGCAUGCAGCAGUGAAAAUCAUGUUGUGCAGGAGGAAAAGGAUUUCACUGUUCUCAUCCUGUCAUCUUUGUAUAGUGGGAUUUAAAUUCAUCAAAGUUUAUCAUUUUCCUAUAAGUGUUUCAAAUAUUACAAUGCUCUUUUGCUCAGCAGUUGUUUUGAACCCCCUUAAACGUUUGAGAAAGUUCCAUUAAAAUGUUCAGGAAACUCUCAUUGUAGAAUCGAUCACAAAAUAUUUGCAAUUAAAAAUAAGGAAAGUCAAGAAGUUCUCUUCCUUGAUAGUUCAGUAAUUGAUGACUGGUGUUUGCUGGAAAGUUUUUUGUUUUUUUUUAAAUCUAUAAUCAAGUCUGUCUUUACCUUAAUUUUUUCUAUCUCAUCCCUUUGUUGUUUUAUUCACAUUCUAGGUAAUAAUAAGAUGCUGAACACAGAAGAGGGGUGAGGUGAAGUGUAGUAAUCAAGUAUGGUGAAGUCUGUAGAAAAACAGUAGCAAUGUUGGUGAAAGGGAAAACAGUCCUGGGCAGUUGCAGAGGGAUUGGGAAAGGAGAGGUUUUUCUUUGUACGCUAUGUGACUGUGUACAACAGGUACAACCUUAAUUUGUGUAUGUGCCUCUCUUGUUUCUGGUCUUUGUUUGGUUUUGUUGCUCCAGACACAAAAAGUAUAACUGCAUGAUUUUACAUCGGAACUUUUGAAUCAAACUUCAUUUGAUUAAAAAACAAAACUUGAA